AACGCAGAAAAAUUGACUUAUUUCCAGAAUCCUUACAGUAUAUCAUCUACCAGGUAAUGUUUUUUUGCUUGGGGAGAGGGGACUUCUUCAAAAGAAGGCAUGCUCUCAUGUCGCUUUGAAGUUUAGAAAACGCUGCAUUAGGGCGGUGAUGAGAUGAGUCAGAAUGGAGGAGGCAAGGUAUGGAGCGAGCAGGCGGUGUGGACGCUCCUCAGCAUCUACGAGGACAAAUGGAGGCAAGUAGAGUGGGGCAACCUCAAAGCCAGGCACUGGGAGGAGGUAGCCACCACUUUUGCGGCGGCCGGGGGCUUGCGCUGCCUGCCAAAAUCUCCGCUCCAGUGCAAGAACAAGGUGGAGGACCUCAAGAAGAAGUUCAAGGAGAAGAUGCACAAGGGCUCCUCCUCCUCCUCCUCAAAGUGGCCUUACUUUGCUCGAAUGGACGCCAUGUUUGCGAGCGCUGCCAGGGGAUUGAUAGCCCAGGAAGGAGCUGCCGCCGCCGCCACUGCCACUGCCACCGCUGCUGCGUAUAACGGCGACUUUGGAUCCGCCAGGCACCACCAUUUCUCCUCCUUGGACGAUACAAACACCGAGGUGAAUGGCGACGAGUUUGACGAAGAUGGUGGAAACGAGAGCCAUCGGGGUGGUGGUGGUGAUGGGAAUCACAACGAGUUUGAAGAGGAGGACGAAGACGCAGAAGGAGAAGAGGAGGACGAAGAGGAAGAGGUGGAGGAAGAGCUCUCCAACUUCGAUGCUGGUUUGAAGAGGAAGCCACGGGCGCUGGCGAACAGGAGGAAGAAGACGAGGUGUGGCGGCGGCUCGAUGAGGCGAUGUGGAAGCUCUUGGCUGGCCAAGGACGCUCUCGUAGCUCUGGUUGCUUCGCUUGGGGAGUCAGUGGUGAGGAUCGAGAGGUCCAAGCUGGAGUCGCAGAGGCAGCUGCUGUUGAUGCGAGCCCAGGCGGAGAACAGGCGGAUCGAGAUGGAAGCCAAGAGUCACGAUAUGUUUAUCACCUUGCAGCUCCAGCUUGCGCAGCUCAUAGCACAGAGAGACCAUAUCUAGGCCAAUUCCCUGGACGCAAAAAUCAGUGUUUUUUUAAAAGAGAGAGCUUUUGGCGAGUG